CAGUGUAACGCAGCGCUGUGUGAGAGCACUGCUGUCACUACUCUCCUCUCUCUUGCGCUUUCUGUUUUGUUGCCCACCGACACUUUCUUUCUCCUGCUCCCUCGUCUCUCUCUCUCUCUCGUCCGUUGCAUCCUCUCCAUCCUCCUCCUCCUCUUCUCGGACUCUGUCCCACUGGCAGAGAUAUGAUCUGUUACAAACAACAGCAGCAUCAGCAGCAGCAUCACCAAGAUCCCAGACCCUGUCUCUGCGCUGACUCCGGUGCCAAACCCUGCAGGAACAUCGGUGGGUGGGAAUUUAAGAGAACCAGUGCCAGGCACUUAAUGGUACUCAGUGCUGCUGGAGGUGUGACACUGUCCCAGCCCUCGACACAUUGAUUCACACAGGAUUAAGCCACUGCAUGGUGCUUGAAGCGGAGGGCCUGAUGCAACUGAUUUACCGUGCCUGUCAGACUUAAUGUCUUUGGAGGCCUCUUCUGCCUUGCUUGUACAGCUACAUAAGGGCUGGUGAAGCUAUCUGCCUACUAAUCCAACAACAGUGACCAAAGGAAUGACUGGCAAUCGUCUUGAUCAGGAGUAAGAGAGGAAGCAAUGAGCUGGACUAUGACUUUAAAGGAUGACUUUGGGGUCAUUGCCUGGGCACGGCGAUCUGGGAUCUACCUCAGUUUCUUCGUCCUUUUGACUCUCUUUUCCAUUCCUGUCCAAUCAGAUGUUGUGUUUCAUAUGGAUCACCAGUUCUCAUGGAAAACAGGCCAGUGGGGUCAUUGUAUGGGCGAAGAGUGUGGUUCCGGUGGCGUUCAGACCAGGACAGUUUGGUGUGUCCAUACAGAGGGGUGGACCACCCACCACUCGCACUGUAACCACAUGGACAAACCUCAGAAUCUGCGACACUGCUUUAAGGUGUGCGACUGGCACCAGGACCUCUUUGAGUGGGAGCUGUCUGCCUGGGAGGGCUGUGUUCUUGUCCCUUUCUUUUCCAAUGAGCUCAAGCUGAGGACCACAGAGUGCAUUACAGCACAGCAUGGCAUCCAGAGACGAAAGGCUCAGUGUGUGCGCACUUCAAACCGCACUACAGUCACUUCAAGGAUAUGUGAGUUCUUUUCCCAGAAACCACCUGUGGAGCAGGCUUGUCUCAUUCCCUGUCCUCAGGACUGUGUUGUAUCAGACUUCAACUCCUGGUCAGGCUGCAGUAAGACAUGUGGCGUUGGCUUGCAGCAUCGGACUCGACAUGUUCUGACAACAUCCAUGUACGGAGGCGCAAGCUGCCCCAAUCUGACGGAGACCAGGACUUGUUCUGGCCCUGUUGACUGCCCUGCUGGGGAGGAUGAGUACCAGUAUAGCCUUAAAGUAGGAGCCUGGAGCCGGUGUCGGCUCCCCCAUCACAAGGACGACCUGUUGAGUGGCCGGACUACUGUGGAUUUCAGAAGUAACAAGGAGAACAAUACAGUCAUGUUGCACAAGGAGGCGUCCCAUUUCCACGAACAUCACCAUCAUAGCCAUCGCAAGCAACCCAUGUCAUGGGAGCUGGAGGUGGGAUACCAGACACGGCAAGUCCGCUGCACACGGAGUGAUGGGAAGAAUGCAAUGCUGAGCCUCUGUACCAAGUACAGCUCCCCUGUGACCUUCCAGGCAUGCGUGAUGCCCAAAGACUGUCAGACUUCUGAAUGGUCAUUAUGGAAUUCCUGCUCCAAGACCUGCCGAUCCACUGACCUGUCACCUGGUUAUCGUCUGCGGUCACGAGUCAUGACACAGAUCCCAGUGGGUGGGGGGAAACAAUGUCCUGUCCUUGAGGAAAAAGAAGCUUGCAACAUCAUGGGGGAUUUACUUCCACACUGUCCUAGCUACGAGUGGAGGACCACUGACUGGGAUGAAUGUCUCGUUGCACCCUUACUGAGCAAGCUGGACCGGCGUCUGGCAAACGUUAGUCGUCUCUGCGGAGGAGGGAUUCAGACCAGGAAGACCUACUGUGUUCAAGUUGCUGAUGACUCAGCUCCAAAUCACAGGAAAGAGGUGUACAGGCCCGUGACUGCCAGUCUGUGUGCUGGUCAGGAACCUCCCCUGGCUGUCAAGAACUGCUCCAUCCCCUGCCAGCACCACUGCCUGCUAUCCCACUGGUCGCCCUGGGGCGCCUGCGUACAUGACAGCUGCAAAGAUCCACAUGGGAAGAAAGGUUUCAUACAGAGGAGGAGAGAGGUGUUGUGGGCAUCCAGCAGUCCACUGGACGUUUGUCCUCAUCUGGCGGAGUCCAUCCCCUGCGAAGACCCUAACUGCUACCUGUGGCAGGUUCAGCAAGAGGCUAAAUGUAUGCCUGCCAAAAGCACCUGUGGUCCUGGGACUGUGGUCCAAAGCGUGAAGUGUGUCAGUGCUGAAGGUGAGGUUGUGCCCGUGAGUUACUGUGGAGAAGACCCUCCCCCGACCCAAGCGCCUUGCGAGGUGGCCUGUCAUGCAGACUGCGUUGUUAGUGUCUGGUCCCCUUGGUCGCCCUGCACACACAGUUGUGCCUCAAAAACUGCAGAAGGCCGACAGAGCCGCACACGCACUGUAUUGGCGCUUCCAGGAAAAGAUGGGAAGGAGUGUCCCGGACCUCCGGCUUUAGAAGAGUGGAGAGUAUGCAACGACCAUCCUUGCCUGGUGUUUUACUGGGAGUCCUCAGCAUGGGGGCCGUGCAUUGAGGAAACCUCUUUGGAUUUCAAUCGAACAAGCUCCUGGAAUGAGACGGCUACCUGUGCUAUGGGUGUCCAAAUUCGUAAAGUCACCUGUGUGAAAAUGCAUGGUGGGCCUGUUGUGACCAAAAGAUGCCCCGGUUCUACACGUCCAGAAACGAUCCGGCCCUGUGUUCUUCCCUGCAAGAAGGACUGCAUUGUGACACCCUUUAGCGAAUGGACCGCCUGCCCAUCAACCUGCAUUCCAGAAAAUACCACCUCUAGCACACAGUCUCGCUACCGGGCUAUCAUUCAAAAGUCUGCAAACGGAGGUCAAGAGUGCCCCGACACGCUUUAUGAAGAGAGAGUGUGUGAAUCACUCCAAGCGUGUCCAAUAUACAGGUGGAGGAUACACAAGUGGCACACCUGCACUUUGGUUCCCGAUUCUGUACAACGCAGCUCAUCUCGGACGGCAGAAACCUGUGGGAAUGGUUUAGAAACAAGAGGAGUCAGUUGUGUCGAGGAGAAUGAUGAGGCGGCCAACCUGACAGAGUGCCUGCGCUGGGCUGGUCCAUUGCCCGCUCAGAUCAGUGAGUGCCGAGUGGCUUGCAGGGAUGACUGCACUCUGACUCCAUGGUCCAAGUUCUCUGAGUGUGCAGGAUGUGGCAGCUUCCAAAGUCGCAAACGUUCGCUCAUAGGUCGUAGUAAAAAGAAGGAACGAUGCCUGAAUGAGGCAUUAUACCCCCUGGAGGAGAAAGAGGCUUGUCCCUGUGAGGAGUAUUUGUCCCAGCCCUUUGGGAACUGGUCUGAUUGCAUCCUCCACGAACCUUCCACUCUGGAGUCCCUGCAGAGUUGGACGAGUUACCAGGAGGUGAAGGAGUGUGGCCAAGGCCUGAGCUACAGAGCUGUGGCCUGUGUUGACCAACAGGGACGUCUUGUGGAGCCCACACUGUGCACAGACACAGGCUACAUGGUGGAGAUGUGCCACAUCCCUUGUCCCCUGGACUGUAAACUCAGUGACUGGUCUGCAUGGUCCACCUGCAGCGCAUCCUGUGGCAGUGGGCUGAAGGUCAGGUCCAAGUGGCUGAGGGAGAAGGCUUUUAAUGGGGGGCGGCCGUGCCCAAAACUUGACCUGAAGAACCAGGUAAAUGAAGCAGUGCCAUGCCACAGUGAAUGCAGCCAGUACAAGUGGAGAAUCGAGCCCUGGUCCAUUUGCACCAUCAACACGGUGGGCAACUCGCCAUCCUGUGGCGAGGGUGUCCAGAGCCGCAAGAUCAGGUGUGUGAAGACAGGAACGAGUGGGGAGGUCAGCACGGUGGAGGACAGUCUAUGUGAUCAAGACGAAACACCACCCAGAGCUCAGGUCUGCUUUCUGGCCUGCCACAACGACUGUGUUGUAUCGCCCUGGGGACCUUGGAGCAGCUGCCCCUUGCAAUGCGACCAAGGCUCAGAGCGAAACAGGAGCAGACAUAUACUUCGCCUCCCUGCUGUGGAAAGCAUAACCUGUCCAGAAAUGUUCCAGUCAGAAAGCUGCAUCAUUAACAGCACCUGCUUCACUUACCAGUACAAAGUCUCAGAAUGGAGUACGUGUCAGUUGAGUGAAAAUGCCGUCUGCGGUCAGGGUUCCAGGCAACGACUUCUUGACUGUGUCCGCAGUGAUGGCAAGGUUGUGGCAUUGCAAACGUGUGAGCAGUUUGGUUUGCUGAAAGAGUGGAAGUUGGUGGAGAGCUGCGUGAUGGAUUGUCCAGUCAGCUGCGUGCUCUCUGAUUGGUCGCCAUGGGGACAGUGCUCGCACACCUGCGGGAGCCAAGGGCAGUCUGUGCGUACUCGGAGAAUCUUGCAGGAGGCGCACGAGGAAGGACGGCCUUGUCCCAACCAGCUCAUCCAGACAAGGUCGUGUCCCAUCAGGCCUUGCUACAUGUGGCUGCUCAGCGAAUGGUCCCCUUGCACCAUAGAGGAUGCAGAGUGUGGCGAGGGCCUUCGGAGAAGAAACCUAUCAUGUGUCACUCACAAGGGUGACGGAGCAGAUUCCCCUCCUGUGCCGGUGGCAGAGGAAUUUUGUGGCGACAAACUAAGGAAGGUGAUCCAGCAGGAGACGGAGCAGCCCUGCUUCGUUCCCUGUCAAGGAGACUGCCAUUUGACUGAGUGGUCAUCUUGGAGCGCAUGCCAAUUGACUUGUGUGGAGGGACGGAGCUUUGAAACCACAGGACGUCAAUCUCGCUCCAGAGCUGUGAUCGUUCAAGUCGUGGAGAACCAGGACACCUGCCCACAACAAGUCUUUGAAACGCAACCUUGUAAAGGAGGCCAAUGCCACAGUUACCAGUGGAGGACAGGUGGAUGGAGCAAUAAUGAGAGAGCGGUGUGGUGUCAGCGCUCAGAUGGCGUCAUCGUCACAGGGGGGUGUUUCCCGCGGAAAAGACCCAGCAUGAUCCGGCACUGCCAUCCUCGGUGCACCAAACCCUUCUCUCACUGCACGUCGAGUGGAGUGUGUGGGUGUGAGAAGGGUUACACCGAAGUAAUGACCACACACGGCUUCUUGGACUACUGCACGAGAACUCCGGGAGUUGACGCCAACAAGAAAGCUGACGUGAAAACCAACUCUGGAAGAUUAAAACCAUCUCGGGCCCGGGACCGGCACACAGAGUGGACCUUACGACCCGUUGGCCCAGAUGGGAGAGUAAAGCUGUGGGUUUACGCUGUGACUGCCGUCGGAUUCAUCUUAAUACUCUUCAUUAUUGCAUUCUCCUUCCUGGUGUGUAAACCAGCCCAACCCGCAAAGACGUCUCCUCCGCCACAGAAGCCUUUGACCCUGGCGUACGACGGUGACAUCGACAUGUAAGCGCGAUGGUUUUCUUCCGUCGGGAUGCUCUCUGCCUCUUGGGCUGACUCUUCCAGCGGUAUAAACGCAUUUGCUGUGGAAGGACACAGGAGGCCAGGAAGAUGUUUUCUCAAGAACCUGUUUGCAACAAAAGCAGUGCGCCCAAAUGCCGAAGAAGUUAGCAGUUUUUUUGUUUUUUUUUUAUUUUUGUGCGUGUUGAAAAUGAAAAGGACCAAACGGCCUGCGGUUGCCUCAUUUUAGUGUUGGAAGACAUUCACGACAUACAAAGGCUGGACAUUGAACACUUCUUUCCCAUUAUCGUCGGAUAUUUGUAAAAAAAAAAAAAAAAAAAAAAAAAAGUCACAACUUUUUUGUGCAAACAGCCUUUGUUUCUGAGAAUGAACAAAAAGCUCUAUGCACUACAUUAGUGCUGAUUAAACGAUUCUUUUUCCUUUGAAAUGACUUUUAUAGUGUUUGAAAUGUUAUGCAAGUUGUCCGACUCUAUUUUGUUGAUGAUGCCAUAUGUUGUGUCGAUGUGGAAACAGAAUGCAGGUUUGCCUUUCUUUAGUAAACACAGCGAUGCAGUCGUCCACAUUCAGAUUUCACGUCAAAAUAUGAUGUUAGGUUGGGUGACAAAAGAACAUGCAGUACAAUAAAAAAACAUACCAGUGGUGGGCGUUGCAUUUCGCACCUGGGCCUUCAGUGGGGACUUAAGGGACCCAAUCCACCUAUUGAUAGCACCACUGUCACGUCACAGUUCCACAAACCAUCAGUAAUAUACAAAAACGCAUUAUAACAACGCGUGGCAUUACAGAAUUGGGGAUUAAUACGAUUACAGUAAUCCCACGUUUAUUGCAGUUAAUUGGUCCCUGUGAUAUGUGAAUUUCUGCAAAGUAGGACUCCUUAUUUAUAAAUCUAAUAUUUUUGUAGUUAGAGCAUAGAAAACCUGUUUACAACAUUUUAUAUAUGGUUUUUAACAUUAUUAGAGCUCUCUAGACAUAAAAUAACACCCCUAUAGUUACCUUUACACAUGUAUUACCCAAUAUAGGAGAAAUGAUAAAAAAAAAAAAUAAGACAUAUAAGACAUAAUACAGAUUCAGUUUUUUGUUGUUCUUUUACUUCCUGUUCCGGACAGUACUUCCUGCAGUGGUUAUUGUCUCAUCAAUAUAACAGUGUUGAAUACAUAUCACAGUGUUUUUGAAUGCAUCUUCUGAAUGUCUUGUAUUUGUAUUUUAGUUUAUUUAGCCAUUUUUGUGCAUCAAAAUGAUUGAUUGAAAUUUUCUUAAAUAGGCAUAUAUUUUUUAAAAUAAUAAUAAGCCAAAUUUGACCACGAAACAGUUAAUUAUGUAUUCAUUCAUGUAUGUUAGAAAAACGAUGAAUACGCAGAAUUUGAAGUGCAAAAGGGGCGAGGGAUUACUGUAUUAGUAAAGGGUGAAACCCAGUUAAGUGUCUCGAAACAACUCCAAACUUCUACAUGACAAAUCAUCUGCAGUACUUCGGAAGUAAUAUUUAUCUAAUAACAUGAAAGAAACAUUUAAAAGCUAACAAAUAAAAUACAUUACACUCACCACCCACACGUUUGCCAAGCUGACUUAUAUAUCAAAUACAUAUAAACUCAGUAAUUGUUCGUAUAACGUACUCAGAACAAUGAAAAAUGCCGUUUCUGUCACCUUUCGUUGUGUUGGAACAGGAUCAAUUAAGCAUUGUACUGUUCAUGUGAUGAGGUGUACAAGUGCACUGUGUAACUCUUGAGUGUUAGGCUUUUAGACAUCAACCAAUCAGAGGAAGAAAAAACCUGACGUUACUGUACGCCUGCUAGCUGGCCCCCGUGAAAUGAAUCGGAAAUCGGAUUGGUUAAUGUCUUUAAGUGACAUGAGCCAGCACUCCUAACUCUGAAGGCCCUGGGCAGAUUAGAUUGACAUGGCAACACAUAUCAGAGACCAGAGAAUUGUAACCUACACAUUCACGUACUGGAAGCGCGGUAGCCAAACGAUGCUACGAAAUGAAAAUAAUAGACUGUUGGGAAUAAAUUCAUACAGUUUCAUGGAACAAAUACUGGAGUUUAAGUAAGGAAAUGUAGGUCAGUGAUUCUGAUAGUGUUUAGGCCAGCAGAGACCGCCCGCCACUGCAACAUACACAUACUUUCAAUGCAACAUAAACACCGCAACCAUAAAGAUCACACCUCAUAAAUACAACUAGCCCCAGGAGUAUUUGGACAGUUUUUACCAAUUUGCCGUUAUACACCAUGAAAUAAAUACAUUAAAUAAAACAAUCAAGAUGUAAUUGAAAUGUAGACCUUCAGGUUAAAUUAAGAGGUUUCGCAAAAUUAGGAUAUUUGUCAUUUAGAAAUUCAAGUAUGUACAUUUUCAAUUCAGUGCUUUAAUACUAUGUUUAGUGUCCUUAUCUAUCCGUACUGUGACAUGACGUCCCCUCCGUUUAGUCGCAUUUGGCUGCAUGUGAUCGUUGAGUGAGUGUUGGCCUUUCCACCUCACAAUUCAUCCUAUUGCUUCCAUCAGCAGUCACAAACAGCCCUCAGCCUGUUCCAGUAGCAGCCAUACAUGUCAUAAAACCACCUUCACUUUGUUUGACAAACGUGGUAUGAAUCAUGUGGUUUUCUUUCGUUCCCCUUACUUUUGUCUUUACAUCAUACCUGUCAAUCCUCCCGUUUUUACUGUAUUUUGCCCUUAUUCCGCAGCGACCUUCUGUUUGAAUAGUUUACUGCAUUUUAACUUUCAUGACAAAAAAAAAUCCUCACCGGUUCUGCUCAUCAACACUCGUGCAACGUCGGCAUAACACAUCCUCUCGGACCCAGACCUGCGCAAAGUAUGACCCACAGAUCAUAUGCAGCUCAUUAAGCCUAUUAAUCCAGCCCGCUGACGUUUCCAAUUUUUUUUUUUUUAAACCUCUAACAUGGAAGCUGUAGCCAGCAAUGGGAUUUGCAAUUCUAUUUUCAUAUUACCGGAACUCCUGAACUAUUGAAAUUAUAACAAUGGUUUUCUGAAGCGAAAGACUCUAUGCUUUCUGGUGAUUUUUCCGGUCAUUAUGGUAAUCACAGAGACUGCAAGACACAGAAGCAAGCUGCAACGUCUGCAGAAAAUUGAUAUUUAAUUUGACAUUUGGAUGUUUUAAGUACCUCGUGGUCUUGUUCAUGACUGAGGGAAGAAUGAAAGGCGAGGCGUAUUGGUGUGGCGUCUAUAAUGAUGCGGACUCUGCAUCAGUUCAUAGUGGUAAGGAAGGAGCUGACCGAAAUGCUCAGUUUACCGGCCAAUCUACGUCCCUACCCUCACCUAUGGUUAUGAGCUUUAGGGUAGUGACCGAAAAGACAAGAUUGCGGCCGAAAUUGGUUUCCUUCGUAGGGUGACUGGGCUCACCCUAAGAGACGGGGUGAGAAACUCUUUCAUCCGGGAGAAACUCGAAGUAGAGCCGCUGCUCUUCCUCCACAUGAGAGAAUCCAGAUGAGGGCAUCUGGUCAGGAUGCCUCCAGGAUGCCUCCCUGGGGAGGUGUUCAGGGCAAGUCCAACCAGUAGGAGGCCUCGGGGUAGACCCAGGACACGUUGGAGAGACGAUGUCUCUUAACUGGCCUGGGAACGCCUCAGGAUCCGCCUGCAGGAGCUGGACAAAGCACCCAGGGAGAGGAAAGUUUGAGCUUCACUAGGCCGUGAAGACGGAUGGACGGAUGGACGGAUGGAUGGAUGGAUGGAUGGAUGGAUGUUUUGGUUUUGGUGUUUUUUUUACCCCUUGCUUUCAUGAUUGUUGGAAAUUGUGGUAGAAGACCUCAAUUUCCUUUAUUUUUCUGGAACAUUUUCCUUCUUUUCAAAUGCAAAUUUUGACAGGCAUGCUUCACAUCAUGAUACAAGUUGACCUUGGUUUCAUUGGUCCAAUGUCUCAUCCCUCGUUCUGUUCUUGAAGGUCUACAGUCUACAGUCAUUAACAUCUUGACUGACUGAUUUCAAAUGCAGUAUGGCAGUAGUAUAAAGGCAAAGGCAUCAUUGUGCAAAUACUUCUGGACCAAACUCGACAUACAUCUUCUGCACAUUCGACUGCAUCACGCACACACACGAGGACAGAGCGCCGACCCAAGGCGAUGUCAUUGAUUUUUCUUACUGGUCAACAUGAACAACGAUAAAAGCCAAAUAUCUGAAAGCACAUAUUUAGUGAUUUAUUUUCUGCACAACCCCUUUUAUUCUAAUAUCCGCGCACUUUGCUUAUGCAAGAAAUGUUGAUACCGCAUCAUCGUAUCAGUGUACCCCGGAAUAGAAGAAUCAACUCGUACAUUUCAACAUGCAACCCUUAGUGCAUUAUUCAUUUGACAGAGUGGAGUAUUCAGUAAGAGUAGGCAGCUGACAACAGCGUACGCUAUCAUUUUUUCGCCCCCCCACUGCCUCCACAGUCUGAAUAUUUGCUCUGGUGUUAUCUGACCUCCUUUUGAAUGUAUUUCCGAUAACUAUCACCUACGAAUGGUUGUUACUUGUAGUAAUUGUAUUUUCAGCAGCUGAUUGUGUGCAGGUAAGCUUGAUCUUUUUUGGACAAAAGUGCUCAAAGUGGCCUUGAAAAUGCUCUGUUUUACUAGUUGUGGAACCACUUCAAAAGAUGCAGUCAUAAAUGAUAUCAAACUGUGAAACAUGGAUCAUUUCUAAGGAACAUGACCAAACCAAUGAACAACGUACAGGUGGUCAUCGGGUUUACGGCGUUUCGUGGCUACGUACGCCCAUAAAUUAAUAAAAACUUCAUUUUGGCCCGUAAACACUUUGUUUGACGGUCGCGACAAUGAUUAAAGAUGCAGAUGGGAAUUUAACGUCUACCCGUACAUUGUAAGGAUGACAAGGAGGUGGUUGAUUAACAAUCUUGUCUGCACGCAGCCACACACACAGUCAGGACAUGCCACAUUCACAAACAGUCGAAAAUCACAAAAGUCUUUUACACUACAGUACCCGUAACUGCCAGCUCGCCGAUCCUAUGAAAGCGACGGUAACGCCGCAAGUCACAGUCUGGGAACGUAACUCGUACGGAACCCGAGGACCACCUGUAUCACGUUUGUGUUAACAUUCCAUUUAGAAUUUUUUUUCUUUGUUGAAAAGAUUAGAUAUAAUAGAUUGCCUUGUGUCCCAGAAAACUUAGUAGUCCCGCAUUGUUUACAGUACCAUGUUACUUGUGUUACUAUUGUGUGUAAUUGGACAGCUGGACAAUGAUGCAAAUAAAUUGUGGAAUCCUGUGAAACAAAAGAAGCUCAUUCAUUGUUUUUGAGAGCGUGUGGGGAAUAAAUUAGAAAUGCGGAAUAUUUUCCCACAAUUGUCACAGGAUCUUGCCGGAUGUGAGGGGAAGUCUAUCUUUGGUCUGUUCUAAUUGAUUUAUUUCAGACUGUCGCUUUUGUUUAAGCAAAGGUUUAAUUCAAAUGCUUAUGUCAUGGCCAUCUGAUAUGAGGCGAAGCUGUAGGCUGAUCUUGUCAAGUUCAAUUAAUUUCAUUUCAGAAGCUCUCCGGGCAUAUUUGCUGGUCUUGGUGAUGAUACGUGAACCGUUUGACAAUGGCGGUAUCUCAUUCUAAUCAGGAUUCAUUUAUUAAACCAGCUGGAUCAUUUGACCAAGAUUUAGGAUGUGACAAAACAAUAAACACCCUGUAAGUGCUGGAAAAUGAACAUUAUAGUCGUUAGUGACUUUAUUUUUCUGGUGAAACCCUAUCUGAUCUGUGACUUCUGAAGUUUUUAAUGGGCUUGCCUGUUGCUUAUCUCUGACCCGAAAAAAGUGGCCGUUUGGUCAUCAGUUACGUCGCCACGGUUACACAGAAUGUCACCAAACAUAAGUAGGGCUCUACCCCCUAUUGAGACCCAUCUAGUGAUAUAACGUGUGGGGGUUCUUCACACGAUUUGUCCUGCAUUAGUUGCAGCAGAAUAACAUGUUAGAAAAA